AUGAAUUUCCCAAUCUCCAAGAUCACAAUUGGUCAAUGGACCCGCAUUGCGGUCUACCCUGAUGAUCUUAAGGCGAAGUUCUACUUUGCGAAGAAGAAACUUAUGUGGGAGUUUCUCGACAAUGUAGACACAGAGACACGCGUGGCCAAGCUUAAGCGAAAGAUCGAGAUACAAUGGUCUCAUGUCUUGUCUUUUAAACCCACUUUUCAUUCACAUGAUGAAACCGGAAUCCUCCAAGUCGAGUUGAGUAAACGUCCAACAUUUUUCCUAGAGACUAAUCCACAAGCAGGAAGACAUACACAAUGGAAACAAAUGGAUCAAGAUUUCACUCAAGAUCAAUAUGCUUCUAAAUGCAGGAGACAUACACUUCAUUUUGCUCCUGGAGUUCUACAAAAGAACUUGGAGAAGCUCUUGUCCAGCGAUAGCUUCUGGUCAGAACUCAUCAAAGUCAAUUUCCCAUCUUUAGAAGAUCCUUACUUCGAUAGUGGUCAUGGAAACAGCAACAAGAACAACAUUAGCAGUAACUUGUCUCACUACAACCACCACGACCAGGCACUUAGCUUCAACGUUAACAAUGACAUUCAUCAUCACUAUUCUCAAGGAUUUGGUCAUGUGGGAGUAGGAGAAGUAAACUUUAACACGGCAACUCAGUACAACGCUAAUGAUGGGAGGCAAAUGAGCUCAUUUGUUCAAGACAAUCUUCACAAUAGCAUCGCCAAUCAGUUCCAUGGGACUCAAGUUACCCAACCAUUGUCUCAACCGAUCAACGAGCAUUAUGACAUUGGAAGGUAUAUUAGCGAGACACAGUUUAAUAAUUCGGUGAUCCAAGAAGAAAGCCAAAUGAGAAACACAGGGGAGUUACUUGGAAGUCAAGCAUUCCUUGAGACCCAAACUAACUCGAUCACAUCUCAACACAUGAGCGACGUCUCAGUAUAUCCAGAAAUUGGACCGUAUCUACAAAGCAUCUUGGCUCAAGAAGGAGAGACACAUAACUUGGAACACACACACAUCUUGAUGGUAAAUUGCAGAACAACAUGA